AUGACUGGGAGGGAGCGGCACAGAUGUUGGGAAAACGAUGAACAAGCAGAGAAAGAAGAAUACAGUGAUGAUACAGCUGCGGAUAUCAAUGAAUUUGAUGGUGAUAAAUCUUUCGGCACGGGAAAGCACUUCCACCGAACGUCACUGCUCAUCAAGGCCUUCAACCACAAAUUCCGGCUCGACCUCGAGCUCAAUACGUAA